GGAGCUCCCUCCCUCUCUCCCUCCCUCCUUGCUGUCUCUCCCUCCCUCCCUCCCUCCGUGCCGUGUCUCUCCCGAUUAAAGCGCUUUUCUCCACCAUCAGCACACGCUUUCACAGGGACCGCUGCUGGCAGAGACAGCCAUCCUCGCCCCGCCAGCCUCCCGCCGCCCUGCGAGAUGGUGAAGUACGGCCUCGACUACACGCGGUGCAGAUGGAUCCUGCCCCUGCUCCUGGGCAUCGGCGUCAUCUUCGGUAUCAUCGCGCUAGCGGGCAGGGGCUGGCUGGAGUCACAGACCUUGCCCUACGUGCACCAAGCCUCGUUAUGGGAGAGCUGCACCAGGCCUGAGCAGGGCGGGAAUUGGAACUGCGAGUCCCUCAUGGGUUACGCCUGGGGAAGAGCUGCAGCUGCCACAUACCUGGUUGGCUUUUUACUUCUAGUCAUCUGUUUUGCUCUGGCCAUCAUAGCCUUUGCCAUUGACACGCUUCGGUUCAACUUCAUACGUGGGAUUGGAGGCUUGCUUUUUGUCGCUGCUGUGUUCUCCAUCAUGGGCCUGGUCAUUUAUCCAGUCAAGUUCUCGACUGAAAUUGAAAUGACUGGAAUCAAUAUGUUCAGCUGGGCCUAUGGCUUUGGCUGGACUACUGCCAUUAUGGAAAUAUGCUUGGGAUUCUUCUUCUGCUGCCUUCCUAACUAUGAAGAUCAGAUCUUGGGUAAUGUGAAGCCCACAUAUUUCUACUCUUCCCCAUAAGCACAAGUAAAAAUGCAUUCAUAUUCCAGAGAGAUCUGACAGACCAGCUAUGUUUUCCAGAAUAUCAUCACUGGAUGUUAGUAGAAAAGGCUGGAAACUUUUCCAAUGUGUGUAGAAAAAAACAGUACUGGCAUUUUGCAAUAAAGUUCUCUGCUCUUUUUGGGCCUUCAUAUCUGACAUGAGUUGGUUAGAGAAAGUCUAAAGACAAACAACCCUGGUGUUUCCUUCUUAAUUUUUCUUGAAUGGAAUAUAUGUGGAUUCCAUUGCAUCUUAAAUGCAUUCAUAUGUCUAAUGAGAUUCAGAGAAAGCUCUUAAACUGCCAACAAACCAAACAACAUAUAUGACCUUUCUGAAGGAAAGCAGCUCACAAUCCCCACUCCUACCCCAUUUUGUAUAUGCCAUCUCUAACCUGAAGAUUUUGCACAUUUUUUCAGGGAUCCAAAUACCUUUAUCCACAGACUGCCAAAGUACUAAAUUAGCCAGUGCUUCAUAGCUUUGCAUCCAUGUUUCAUUCAUUUACUUAAGCUGUGGGACAGGCAAGAAAAAGAUAAGAGAAAGCCCCCUGUGAAAGCCAGCAUCUUGACUUUUACCCAUCUGUGUGGGAUGUAAUAUUUAUUUCUAAGAGUAUUUGUAAGAGCAAGCAAGGUGCAUUGGUAAACCUUCAAAAAUCCUGCCAUGCCACUGGCUGAGCCCAGCACAGAGAGGGCAGAGGCAGAGGAUAUCUCAAGCCACCUUUGCAACUUACGGAUUUGACUUGAAGUGGAUCCUGGUGUAGCUUUCUAAAUGGGCACCUGCCUCUUUUAUCUGCUGUAUCAAAAUCUAUGACUUUUAAAAGCUCUAUUUUAUAUAUGUAUACCUAGUGUAGAGGAUCAGGAAGGAUUAAGUACACAGGAUCACAUUAGGAGUUGAGCUGGAGCAGUGUGAGUGUAGAUAUUGAGUAUUUGUUUAAUGCCCCUUUUUCACUGGCUUGCUGCUCACGACUGUUUUAAAAGUAGAUAGUGUAUAUGGCUGUACAUAACUGUAAAGUGCAUAAAUAUCCCCUACCAUCUCAUGCUAAGCUUCUCACAGGGAAAAGCACAUCAUAAAACACCUUUCAAACCUCAUACUCCUCAGAGUUUGCGAUAUAUUGCAAACCACAAAGUAUGCUCAAGAUUCCACUGGUAUUACCUUGUUAAUCCUAACUUCACAAUGCUCUGUUUCUUAAGUGAAAAAAAAAAGGAAGCAAAAAAGAAGUAUCACUGAAAUCCUAAACUACAGAGGAUUAUUAGCUUGUAACAUAUUAGCAACUUUGUGACUGUGUGUACUGCACUGCAAAGAACAAGAGGUAGAAAAGGUUUUCAACAAAACCUCUGGGUACCUAAACCUGAUAAAAGCACAGGACUCAUUUAACCUGGAGUUCCUUUUUGAAGCAGUCAACUCCAUUCACUCUUGUGGAACCGCUUCUAACUUUGAUCAGUAAACACGAGGGACAUACCAGACCAAUGGGAAGGAAUGCAACAGGGAACAGUCAGACAAGAACUUGCAAAUUCAUUAUGAAAAUGUUUCCCAGAUGGAAAGAAAUUCAAAUUAAACGGAGUUGAGAAAGCA